UUGCUCACCUCUCGUCCUCUCGAGAAGCAGUUUAUUCACUACUUUUUCUCUACCAGAUGCUUGUACAGCACAUAUGUGCACUUCGUGCUUCCGGCGCAUGUCAUUAACUGCCUCUUUCAAUUGUGCCUUUGCUUGGCACAGAUCCACGACCCUCAGAUGGCCAGCUACAUCUCGACGUGGUAUUAUCAUGCAUCGGAGAUCAUGCUUACCUGGCAGAAGUAUGACAUUGCAGACAUCUGGAGUGCAGGCUGCAUUUAUGCAGAGAUGCUUGAGGGCAAGCCACUCUUCCCUGGCAAGGACCGUGAAUCACGUCCCUACAGACGAGCCAGAGGCAACAACAAGUUUGACUGGUCGCUCAACGAUGCAAAGCUCCCAGGUAGACACAUGGAAGGUCAUGAUGUAUAG